GGGACUGUUACCCCCCCGCCCAUGACUUCAAAAUCCCUUUUCCACGUCUUAGCACCUCCAUCUUUGAUUUCACCAGUAGAAGCGGAUACCUACAACAUAACCAGGCGCAGUAAGCAAGGCAACUCGAUACAAUGACCUUACCUAUAGACUUCGAAAAGUACGAAUGCGACACCCCAACCCACACCAGUGUCGCAGAAGACUCAACUUUCGAUUCAAGCUCAGUCGACUGUCCAAGUACCAUCUCUGACAUGGUAUUAUUCAACGCCCCUCCCUGGAAUGGCGGUCUAUACAUAAUCCGCGACCCGGAAUCAGGCCUCGCCAUCGCCCUCAAAGAAGGCACCCUAGGCCUAUUCCCUGACGUCUACCAUCGCGGCAGCGGAGGUCGCUGGCGCUGUGUUGAGAAUGACCGGCUCUGGCUUGGCUUCAAAAAUGCUGUCUCGGGGGCUUAUAUUGGACAUAACAAUAGAGGGGGGUUUGUUGCUGAGGCAAAGAGUCAUGAUGGUUGGGAGUGGUUUUGUGCAAGACAGCACCCAUAUGGUGGGUAUGUGCUGCUUGUGAAGCAUUGGAGUGGGUUUCUGCCGAUGAAGAUUGGGGGAAAGGAUAAUAAGGAGUUGGUGGUUGAUGCUGAACGAGAAGGAGGAACGGCGUGGGAGUUUAUCAGGGUUAAUACUGUGCUUGAGCUUUACCGAGAUGACUAGCAUGACUUUUUAUGGGAUAUGCAUCGGGAUUGUCUGGUACAAAGGCCUUUAAGCGCUGUUCAAUAUCAUGUGACUGCUGUAGUUGAUUUUGUUUUGCGAAUCCAGCCCAAGUGCUAUUUAUAUCCCC